UUAUAGCCGAAACAUUUGAGCGAUAUAAAUCUAUGAAGGUAGGUCAACUUAAAGCAUGCAGUUCACGAAUAGUAGCUUGGCCAGUCUUACAAAAAAUUUGGGAGACAGAACUUCUUCCUAUUCAUGAAUUUUAUAGUACUCUUAAAGGUAAGAUCUCACAAGAUGAUUACAAACAUGCCCAGAAA